AUGUUGGGAAAUGAGCCUUGGGAAAUCCACUCCCUGCAAGAUGUGCUCCAGACUGGGCUGAUCCUACCAGUCGGGCUCAGACAAGGGCGAUCCAAUCUCCGCCAAUCUGCCUCGCUGCCCCGGAAAUCCACGGUUCCCUGGCAGCGCCACGCUGAGGAAGCAGCCAAGGCACAGACUGAGCUGUACGCCAUGCGGCCGCUGGAGAAGCAUGGGAAGCAAAUUGAGGAGCUGAGGAAGGAGUUGGCAGAGUCCGGGGAGAAGCAGAGGCUCUUUGAGAGCCAGCUGGAAAUGCUGGUCACCCAGAACCAGACACUGCUGGAGGAGCAGGCCAAAAGCCAGGGGCAGGAGGAGAGACUCUGGAGGCAGCUGGAGAAGCUGGAAACCCACCUGGCAAACCUCAGCACCAGGGUGGCGGCGGCAGAGGGCAGCCGGAGGAAGGACCAGGAGAAGCUGAAGGCCAGCGAGGAGAGGACGAAGCGUCUGGAGCGCCGCCUGUCGGCCCUGGAGCGGGAACAUGCCGAGCUGCUCUGUGCCAUCAGUCAGCGGCACGGACUCCAGGACAAGCCACCCAACUCGCUGCUGAUGCCAGCACCACAGGACGGGGCCGAGGACUGGCAGGAGGUUUAGCCAGCUUGGUGGGCCCAGAUGGCCAGUCCAUGGGCCCUGCGUGGGAUGCACCCCACCCCAGCAGCUGCCACCCGCUUUGGAUACCCUGCCAGCCGGACCUUGUCUCUAGAAAUUUGUCACAGAUCCAAGCCCAGCAGCCCUUUCCUGGUAUAAGUCCAGCCUGGGAAGUCCUGAGUCUGCCAGGGAUGUUGUUCCAGAUAAUGGAGUCCCGGAGAGCUGCAGGCUGCUGCUGUGAAUCCCCUGCAGUUCUCCACUCCCCAGGAGUGGUGGAGAGUGAUCAGAUUUGUGAGAGGCCCAUUCAGCCCCUCUCUCAUCCCAACUGGGGUUCCCUUCCCUGUUCCUGCAUCCAAAGGGUCCCCUGGUGCUUCCUUCUGAACUCCUCCCACACACUCCCGAUGCCUUGCUGCCCCCUCCAUCAUACCCAUGCUGCCAUCUCCAUAGUGGAACAUUGCCCCAACAUGCCCAAGCUUCCCUGGGGCUCUGGCUGCUGCAUAGCACCAGUUGCCCAGGGCCACUGCCCAGUGACUGCCAACAGGCCCAGCCCUGGGCCAGGGGCUGACUAGAAGGGAUGCCCCUGGACCAGUAUUCAGGCCUCAUUUGGCUCUUGGGGGAUUCAGGGAUGAGCUGCCACAGUGAGCUUGUCUCUGGGUUCAUGCUUGGGCCACGACUCCCUGCAGACCCAGAAAUGCAGUGGCUGCUUUGUCAAAAACCUUCCUUGUCUGAGGGUCCCCAGCAGCCAGGCAGUAAACAUAGUGCCUUUUGUGACGAGCAUGUGGGUUGGAGCCUGGAGCACUCGCCACAUGGGACCAGACAGGCCAGGGCCCAAGGAUUCAGAGGGAAGCAUGGCAGGCAUCAAGCUCCGAGAGUCUCUUGCCACAGGGCCAGGUUUCAGAAAAGCCUAGCUCCUACUGAGAAGCUCCCAGCCCUGCUCUUCAUGCACACACACAUACACACGUGCACAGGCACACACAGGAACAACACACAUGCAUGUAUGCGUACACACAUGGCAUAACGUGCACACGUGUGCCUCACAUUGUUCUCAGUGGGUGCUGCUGGGGGCUGAGCACUUCUGCAAGUCUCUCCCUGCGCCCCAGAGCGCUCACACAGACGCCUUCCAAGGCUUGCAGGGCUGAGGCCCCAUCACAGCUGGCACCCAGCAUGUGUGCAGUGCACACCUGGGAGGGCACGUCAGGGCUGGCUAUCACUUGCAAAAGUUUAUCAUUUGCUGAAUUCCAAACCAGCUUCUCCCAGGUCCCCAUGUCCCCUGCUUACUGGGGCCAUUCCGAGCUCUGUCCCCUACCUCUGGGACCCCGGAACUGGGCAAAACGAGAAUAAUGGGGAUAUUCGGGGUGGGAGUGAGCUCUUCUUGUCCUCCAAAUGGGUGACCUGGCUUGGCCCAAACUCCGGACUGAUUCCCCGUCCCCUGCAGGCUGGGCCUGGGCAGGCCAGCUGGGAAGAGUCAUCAAAUUCAGGGCGUUCGGCUAUGUCUACACUACGCAUCUUUUAGCAACAUAGCUUUUGCAGCUAAAAGGCACACAGCAUAGCUGUUCUUUGUUGGCGAGAGAGAGCUCUCCCACCGACAAAAAACUCCCAUCCCAACGAGCGGCAGUAGCUUUGUCGGCAGGAGAGCGCUCUCCCACCGACAAAAAACUC